AUGAGAGUGUCUGUGAUUACAGUGAGUGAUUCUUCUCAUGCUGGAACACGUGCCGAUGAAAGUGGACCGAAACUUGUGGAACUUGUCGACAAGUCACUAAAGGUCAAUGCGACAGUCAAUGAGGGAAGUCCGACUGUUGUGCCAGAUGAAGUGGCUGCAAUUCGAGAUGCUCUUCUCGAGAAUUGUAAAAACUCAGACGUGAUCAUCACGACUGGAGGAACCGGAUUCUCCAAACGAGAUGUCACUCCAGAAGCAACACUAGAAGUUGUCGAGCGUCGUUGUUCAGGACUUGAGAUUGCAAUGCACACCGGAUCACUUCAGAAGACUCCGAUGGCUGCUCUUUCUCGUGCCAUCGUCGGAAUUCGCGGAAGUACGCUGAUCGUCAAUAUGCCAGGAAGUGUGAAGGCUGUCAAAGAAUGUUGGGAGAUUCUGGAGCCUGUCUUGAAUCAUGCAAUCAACCUUCUGAAGGGCACUGAUGACGGCAGUGAACAUCAGAGGAUGAAGGAAUAA